AUGGGGAAGCAGAUGCUGCUCAGUACAGACAUUUGCGUGUUCGGAAGUGCUGCCAUGAUGGUGCCCAAAAGAGCCAUGAGACCUGUGAGCAACGGCUUGAGAGAGUUAAAAUAUGGAGUGUGGACAAUUAAAGCCAAAUACAAAGAAGACUUCACAACAUUAGGCCUUACACAUUUUGAGAUUAAGGAAUAUGUGAUGCCACGCUUCUCUGUAUCAAUAGAACCAGAAAAUAACUUCAUUAGCUACAAGGAAUUUGAAGAGUUCAGUAUUACUGUAAAAGCUAGCUAUUUUUAUAAUAAGAAGGUCACUGAGGGAGAUGUUUAUAUCUAUUUUGGAAUAAAAGAAAGUUUGCAAGAAGAUGGGAAAGAAAUGAUGCAUAAAGCAAUGCAACAAAAACAGGUGACAAAUGGAAUCACAGAAUUCACUUUUAAUAGUAAAAAGGCAAUUGAAGAAUUACCAUAUCAAAGCCUAGAAGAAUUAAAUAACAAAUACCUUCAUGUGUCUGUCAUAGUCCUGGAGUUAACAGGUGGAUUUUAUGAAGAAGCUGAAAUCCCUGGAAUUAAAUAUGUCCUGUCUCCAUACCAACUGAAUUUGGUUGCUACUCCUCUUUUCUUGAAGCCUGGGAUACCAUUUCCCAUCAAGGUCCAGGUGAAGGAUUCGCUUGACCAACUUGUAGGAGGGGUUCCGAUAACCCUGAAUGCAAAAGCAAUUGAAGAAAAUGAGAAAGAGACCCAAAUAGCGCCCCAGAAAAGUACCACCCAUCAAAAUAAUGGAGUAGCUUUGUUUGUGAUUAAUCUUUCAUCUAAUGUGACAGCGCUGGAGUUUAACGUUAGAACUGAAGACCUUAAUCUUCCAGAAGAAAACCAGGCUGUCAAAGAAUAUAGAGCAGUAGCAUAUUCAUCCCGCAGCAAAAGUUACCUUUACAUUGACUGGACAGAGAACCUCAAACCUUUACGUGUGGGAGAUUACUUAAGCAUUACUGUUAAACCGAGAAGUCCAUAUAUUGACAAGAUAGCCUUCUAUAAUUACUUGGUUUUAUCCAAGGGCAAAAUAGUUAACUUUGGGACCAGAAAGAAGCUUGAACAUUUGUCUUAUCAAAGUCUAAACAUUCCAGUAACUCAGGAUAUGAUUCCUUCCGCCCGACUUCUAGUCUAUUACCUUGUAACAGGAGAAAACCAGGCAGAAUUAGUAGCUGACUCAGUCUGGUUAGAUGUGGAAGAAAAAUGUGGCAAUAACCUCCAGGUUCAGCUGUCAAAUGAAAAUGCAUACACUCCUGGACAGAUCAUCUCUCUGAAUUUGGUAACCCAAUACAAUUCCUGGGUUGCUUUGUCUGCUAUGGAUAUUGCUAUCUAUGGAAUCAAAGGAAAACCCAAGAAAGUCAUGGAUAUGAAAAGAGUAAUGAGAGUUUUUGAAAAAAGUGACCUGGGGUGUGGUGCUGGUGGAGGUCAGAACAGUGCUGAUGUGUUUCAUUUAGCAGGACUUACAUUUCUCACCAACACUAACACAGAAGUCACACAAGAAAAUGAUGCACCUUGUAAGGAAAUACUCAGACCAAGGAGAGAACUGCAGGAGGCACUUGAAAAAAAAGCUGCUCAGUACAAACACUGGCGUGUUCGGAUGUGCUGCCAUGAUGGAGCCCAAAAGACCCAUGAGACCUGUGAGCAACGGCUUGAGAGAGUUAAAGAGGGAAAGUUUUGCGUGGAAGCAUUCAAGAGUUGCUGUCAAUUGGCAUCACAAAUACGUUCUGAAUCCACUCAUAAAAAUUUGAUAUUGGGAAGGAAUUAUAUUAAAGCUUUGAUGGAGAUUGGCAAGCCAGAAAUUCGAAGCUAUUUUCCCGAAAGUUGGUUAUGGGAAGUCCUCAAUGUUCGUUUAAGGUACAAAUUUCCAUUGACCCUUCCUGACUCUAUAACAUCCUGGGAGAUUCAAGCUAUUGGCAUUUCAGACAAAGGUAUAUGUGUUGCUGAACCACUCCAGAUCAAAGUAUUGAAAGACAUCUUUUUGGAGAUGCAGAUUCCCUACUCUGUGGUGCGAGGAGAACAGAUUCAAGUAAAGGGGACAGUUUACAACUACAAAAGUUCUGACAUGAAGUUCUGUGUUCAAAUGUCUGUCGGUGAAGGAAUCUGUCUGGCUGCAAGUUCCUCAUCUCAUUAUCAGGGAAUAAAGCAUACUAAGUGCAUUUUGAAGAAUAUAGAUGGUUCUUCUAUUCAAUCAGUUAUGUUCAAUAUUCUACCAUUAGAAUUGGGUCUUCAUACUAUCAACUUCACGCUAAACACUCCAUAUGGAAAAGAAAUCUUGGUGAAAACCUUACGAGUGGUGCCAGAAGGUAUCAAAAGGGAAAGUCAUGUUGGUUUCACACUGGAUCCACAAGGUCUAUAUGGUACCAUUAGCAGACAAAAAGAAUUCCAGUACAGAAUGCCAUUAGAUAUGGUGCCAAAAACGAAAAUUGAACGGACUGUGAGUAUAAAAGGAGUUCUUAUCGGUGAAGUGAUUUCCACAGUCCUGACUCCUGAAGGCAUCUCUACUCUAAGCCAUCUCCCAAAGGGGAGUGCAGAAGCUGAGCUAAUGAGCAUCAUUCCCGUAUUCUAUGUCUAUCAUUACCUGGAAGAUGGAAAUAACUGGGACAUCCUUGGUGCUACCCAUCUAAUUGAAAAGGAGAAAAUGAAGAAGAAAAUGAAAGAAGGGAUUGUAAGUAUACUGUCUUACAGAAAUGUAGACUACUCUUAUAGCAUGUGGAAGGGAAAAGAUGCCAGUACUUGGUUUACAGCUCUUGCCUUAAGAAUACUUGGACAGGUAAAUAAAUAUAUACCACAGGACAAAAAUUCAAUUUGCAAUUCAUUGUUGUGGCUAAUUGAGAAAUGUCAGAUGGAAAAUGGAUCUUUCAAGGACAAUUCUGACUAUCAACCAGUAAAAUUACAGGGUGCCGUACCUAAAGACACAAAUGAAAAAGCUAUCUAUCUCACAGCCUUUACUCUUAUUGGAAUGAGAAAGUCAUUGGAAAUAUGCCCAACUGAGAAAAUCAAUAAUGGGAUUAUCAAGGCUGAGACCUACCUCCAUGAACAUGCUCAAGAUGCCCAGAGCACUUUCACUUUGGCCAUCUCAUCUUAUGCUCUGGCCCUUGGGACUUCAUCUCACCCUGCUUCUCGGGCCAUCUUUUCAAAGCUGAAGAGAGAAGCUUUUGUGAAAGGGAAUCCACCUAUUUAUCGUUUUUGGAAAAAUGAUUUUAAAAAUAAAGAUACCACUAUUCCCACUGUUGCUACAGCCCAAAUGGUAGAAACCACAGCAUAUGCUUUACUUUCAAUUCUACUUUUGAGUGACAUAAAUUAUGCUAAGCCUGUUAUCAGAUGGUUGUCUGAAGAACAAAGAUAUGGAGGCGGAUUUUAUUCCACCCAGGAUACAAUUAAUGCCAUUGAGGCCCUGACUAAGUAUUCACUCCUGCUUAAGAAACAUCGAUUGAACAUGGACAUCAAAGUUUCCUACAAACACAAAGGUGACUUGCUCCAUUACAAAAUGACGGAUCAGAAUUUCCUUGGGAGACCAGUGGAGGUGCCUCUGAAUGACGACCUACUCGUCAGCACUGGAUUUAGUAAUGGCUUAGCCACUGUACAUGUAAGGACUGUUGUCCAUAAAACUGGUACUUCUGGGGAGGUUUGUAGCUUUGAGCUGAAAAUCGAAACCCAAGAGUUGCCAGAUAACAGCUAUGGAAGAUAUAAAGAAUCUGGAGAUAAACUCCUAAUAGCUUGUGCCAGCUACAAGCACAAUGAAAGAGAAUCAUCAACUGAGUCUUCCCAUGCUGUGAUGGACAUAGGUUUGUCUACUGGAAUUGGUGCAAAUACAGAAGACUUAUCUGCUCUUACCAAUGGGGUUGAUCAACUAUUAACAAGUUAUGAAAUCAAGGAUGGGCAUGUAAUUCUGCAACUGAAUUCAAUUCCUUCUGAUAAGUUCCUUUGUGUUCGAUUCCGGAUCUUUGAGCUUUUUGAGGUUGGAUUCCGUAGUCCUGCUACAUUCUCAGUAUAUGAAUACCACAGACCAGAUAAACAGUGUACCAUAUUUUAUAGCCCUCUCCAGAGCACACUGGAAAAAGUAUGUGAUGGAUCAACCUGCAGUUGUGUGGAAGCGGAUUGUGGGCAAAUGAAGGAAAAGCUAGACUUGACAAUCUCUGCUGAUGCCAGAAAGGAGGCUGCCUGCCAACAAGACAUUGCAUAUGCUUAUAAAGUCAAGAUUUUAUCCAUCACUGAAGAAAAUAGUUUUGUUAAGUACACUGCAACCCUUCUGGAUAUCUUCAAGACUGGGCAAGCUCUUGUUCAGAAAAAUACUGAAGUCAUCUUCAUUAAGAAGAAAACAUGUGCUAAUAUUGACAUUACAAAAGGGAGUCAGUAUUUGAUCAUGGGAAAGGAAGCACUUCAGAUAAAACACAAUUUCAGUUUCAAAUAUGUGUAUCCUUUGGAUUCUCUGACCUGGAUUGAAUUUUGGCCUUCGGAUGAAACCUGUUCAUCGUGUAAAAAUUUUAUAGCUAAUUUAGAAGAAUUUUCUGAAGACAUCUUUCUAAAUGGUUGUUAAAAUGUUUGAAUAAAUCUAGUU